GUUCUAAAAGUACGACAAAGAACGCUGCAAUAAUGAAGUCUUGGUAUGUGGGUCUCGGGCUGAAGUAAGCGUCCGCCUUCAUCAAUCUUCCAAGGCUCGAAUCCCGUCACCUUUCUCGUCAAACUCGUUAACAAAGAUCAUUAAUUUAUCGUAUGACAUUUUGCCGGAGAGUCUUACUGAGUACUUGCGCGGAGUCGUCAUGCAUUUCUCAACGAACGUAAUUGAGAGACAGUUUGCCGGGGACUGCACGGAGGGGGGCAGCGAGAAGCGUGUCAGACGGGAACACGCAGUAGAUUCACUCAUUACGCCAUUACGGCAAUAACAGAUUCAUAUUUCCGUUUUAGAUUUCAUAGCUUAAGAUUGGAGAAAAAAAUGUCACGUCCACUAAUGACAUUUCUACACACGCCGCCACGAUAUAGAGAUUUACCAAGAAAUGAGGUGACGAGGAGAGGAGGUUGGACGGGCGAAGUAAUAUAUAUAAUGAUUCACUUGAGGGUCAGGGAGGAGGAAGGAAGGAGCUGGUGAGAGUCAGUCGAGUUGUGGGGAAGUUAGAUCGAGUUGGUAAAUCAGUUUCACCUCGCCAGACAGACACCAUCACCAAACUAGCCUAGCCGUCAUGCGGUGUCCUGUGGUGGCUCUGCUGGCGGCCUUCUGCGUCUAUGGCUCUCCCGUUGGCGUUGUGGGCGAAAUGGAAGGCAACACGGCGACUGCUCGGAAGGAAUUGAAGCGAGAGGAGAUGGAUGGGCGGGUAGAGGCGGUGAAAGGGGUGCUAGGAAGGAAUGUGAUGAGAAAAGGGGUGUGGGAGGAGGAGGAGGUGAAAGAGGUGGUGGCCAGCUUCAUCACGUCUCUCUUCUUCAGCGGCCCCCUCAACCCAUGCCUUCCCGUCCUUCUUACAGCCGAGACCUCUCACGGGAUGCUGGAAGCUGUGUCACGGGUCAUCACCUCGUCUUACCUGUCUUACCACCUGGAGCUCUUCCUCGUAAGCUCACCGCCGCCCAUACUUCCGGUUCACCCGCCUGGCCGUUCCCCAAUCGCCCCCGGCACCUACUGCGUCGCCUACUGCCUGCUGGCGCCCCUGCCUCUCAUAGCUAGGGCCGUGGAGGUUAUCCCGACGACAGACUGGUUUCCCGGGGCUGAGCGGUUCUUCGUCAUCUACAGCGGCCGUGACUUGAGCAGCGCGGCCUUGAGAGACUCGCAGCCGCUCCUCAAGGCCUACAACACCCUCUACCUCGUCCACUCCGCACCCUUCGCUCUUGAUCUCUACGCCACUUGCCCGUUCUGCCGCGGCGGGGAGGCUGAGGUGACGCAGCGCAAUGAGUGGCGGCGCGGCAAGGGACUGCACCGCCCCGACGACCCGCUUUUCCCCGACCUCUUCCAAGACCUCAACGGGCGACGCUUCAGAGCCGUGACCCUCCACUUCCCGCCCUUCAACCACUACCUCUCCGGCAGCAGCACGGAGCCCCUCGACAUGCAGGACUGUCUGGACAAGCGGAUCGUGGACGCCAUCUCCGAGACCUACAAUUUUACUUACCAGGUGUUCGAGCCCGCGGACGGCUUUUGGGGCUUCGAGUCUUCUCCGGGGAACUUCACGGGGGUGGUGGGCGAAGUGCAGCACCGCCUCGCCGACUUCUCCCUCGACCUGAGCGUGGUGGCGGAGCGGGAGGUAAUAAUUGACUUCUCCAUCGGGUACCUGCUGGAGCCCCUCACCUUCGUCACCAGUAAGCCCAAGCCUCUCCCUCAGUGGCAGGCCGUCGUGAGGCCCUUCGGCGGGGGUGUUUGGGCCAGCCUCGGGGCGGUUCUCCUCCUGUCGGGGCCGCUGCUCUGGCUCCUCCGCCGCCUCUCAGACAGCCCCGCCUCCAUGCCCGACGCCGUCUUCCACACCUUCGCCGCCUUGGUCUGCCAGAGUCGCCAGUGGCCUCGUCCGACUCCCGUGCGCGUGUUCGUGGCGUCGUGGCUCCUGCUGUGUCUUGUGGCCGCCGUGUCCUUCGUCGGGAACCUCACCGCCUUCCUCACCGUGCCCGCCUACUCCCCGACGCUGGAGACCCUGGACGACUUAAUCCGCUCAGACUUCAAGUGGGGCAUCAACGACUUCGGGGCGGCGGACUACCAGCUCUUCAAGACGAGUGAUGUGCCACUCUAUCAGGAGAUCUUCAAGGGCCUCACCUUCUGCAGCGGCCUCGUCCCCUGCAUCCAGAAGGCGCUGGACGAGCCCUUCGCCUUCAUCUCCUUCAGCACCUACCUCAGGGACGCCGUGGCCAUGCACUUCAUCGACAGGAACGGUGACACGCAGGUUUACAUGGCCCAGGACCGCUUCUUCCCCGCCGACACCGGGUUCGCCCUGCAGAAAGGCUCGCCCCUCAAACGGCUCUUCGAUCGGGUGCUGCGGCGGCUGCUGGAGGCCGGGCUGGUGGACAAGUGGCUCAACGACCUCAUCCAGGAGCACACGCUGGCCACACGUAGGAAAGCCGCCGCGGCGGCGGAGGAACGUGGGCUGAAGGAGGUGGCGUCGACGGGGGACCUGACGCUGACCACCUACCACCUGCAGGGCGUGUUCAUGGUGUGCGGCGCGGGACUCCUGCUCUCCGCCCUCACCUUCGCCUGCGAGCUGGUGGUGCGGGGCGUGUCGGCGGCCAGGGCUCGCGGCAAAGGCUGGGAGUGAAACCAAAUUGUCGAGUCCGUUUGGGCGUUGGCUCCCGCGGGUCCAUUUCUCCCUUCUGCUCCGCCACACAGUCCCAACACCUACUUUUUCCUCUCAUAUGUUACCUAUAGUUUACAUAUGAGAGGAAGAGACAGGCGUUGGGACCGUGUGGCAGAGCAGAGGGGAGGAAAGGACCCGCGGAGCCCACACCAGACCGACCUCGACAUAUUUGGAAGACAGAUGGCGCGAUGUGUCAGCUUUGGUUUAGUCUCCCCUUCGUUACAUUGGUUUUCCCAGAGUUGUAUUAUUUUUGAGUUUCUACAUGAGAUAGUAAGGAUUAUAUAAUGUUUUCUUUUCGUAGGCUUUUAUAUGACACUCCCGUCUUUAGUUUCGGCGUUUAUUUAUUUAAUUUUUUUUUGUGUGUAGGAAGAA